AUGGCGACCAGUAGGAUAGCACUGCCUGCGAUCGAAUUCCCCCUCCAGGUGCCAGUGGGCAUCGGUGGGUACAUGGUGACGCUUGAGAUGAAGGACUACGAAGUCCUUCGCGACGAGAAGGCCGAGUUCACAGAACCUUGCUUCGACCUCGGCCUCGCGUACGAGCUCGAUCGCCUGGGAAAAGGCGACAGGAUGAUCCUGAUCCGCGGUGCGAGUCUUCGCGCCGCCAGGACGGCGUCGAAGCCGGACUAUCUGGUUUUCGGGUCGGCCUUCGGCUUCGAAGCCCUCGCCAUCCCCCUGUGCACCGGGGGCGGACCUCUUCCCGGCAGGCACUGCAGCGUCUUGCUUGUUGUGCGCCCUGGCGACCUGCUUUUGCCCGACGAGGAGGAGAUCGGGACCUUCUACCGCCACCUCGACCCCAAGACCUCCUCCAAGCGGCACGAGGAGGAGGUGGCCAACGUUUUGAGGUUUUUCGGCGAAUGCGUGAAGGCGGAGUUGAACCGUGAGGGAAGGCAGUGGACGGCUGCGCCUCCUUCCGCCGAAGUCCUCUCCGAACGUCUGGAGAGUCUUGCCGCCCCCAUCCGUGAUAAAUUGCCCGACAUCCUCAAGGAGGAGGUCGCCGGCACGGGGCUGCUGGCGGUCAACGCGUUCGCGUGGUCGUUGGAGCAUCUGGACGACCUGGUGCACCACGUGGAGAAGGCCGCGUCGAACAAAGGGGAGGCAGCGUCGACCGUGGGUCGUGGCGUCGGAACCGGCAUCGCUCUGGGUGGGGAGGCCGAGGAGGCUGCGACGGGGUCGCACUCUGGCGGGCACGGACCCGCAGAUGGCGGCAAGGAGGAGCACGAGAGGGAGGACGAGGAGGGGGGCGGGGAGCAGGACGGUGGCUCGGAAGAAGAGGAGGACAAGGAGCGUGAGGGCGACGACGUGGUUGUCACCGGCGAAGAGGAGGCAGUACAGUUCGCCGGUGAGAAGGUUGCGGAUAAGAGCGGCGGCAGCGGACCCAAGUCGGGCGAGAAGGCGCGGGGCAGCGGUGGCUCGACCCCGACUAGGAUGGCGUCAAAGGCGGCUAUCGAGCGUCUGAAGGCGGCGGAGAGGGAGAUCAAGAAGCUGAGGGAGGAGAAGCUGGUGGCGGAAAAGAGGCUGGAGUUCCAGAUGGCCCGGAAUGACACGAUUUUCGGCGUGGUCACCUCGGCCGUGAACAAGCUCACGACAGUCGCCGAGGGCGUGACCCAUCACGAGCAGACGUCGAGGAGGAGCCUCCAAAUGGCGGUGGACGCUAUGAAGGCGGUCGUGCAGGAGGCGGUGACCUAUCGCGGCUCCACCCUAGAAUUCAUGAACACGCAGUGGUUGCCCACCGUGCAGGCCCUGCACUUGACGGCUACUGCUGCACAGGGUAGGCGACGGGAGGACGACCUCCUGCUGUUUCGAGGUGUGGCAGAUGCUCUUGGCGAGAAGAUCAAAACCGUCAUGUCUGCCGAGGUGAAGGCUGCCAUGGAGGGCGAGGCGCAGGGGAUCGCCGCUGCCGUGACUGCGAAAGUCGUCCAAGAGCUUAGGGACGACCUUGUGAAGGCGGUCACCUCCGCGACCCAACAGGGCAUUGCACAGCUGCCCGACGACCUCCUGCGCCCCGCAGCGCUGGUCGGACAGCAGGGCGGGCCGCCCGGUGCGGGCCAGCAUCUUCACCCGUCGACGAGCACGGUGACCGCACAAGACGCGCGUCCGGCUGGCGUCACGGCGCUGGUUGACGAGCUCUUGCGCCCAGCAGCGGUGGUCGGACAGCAGGGCGGGCCGCCCGGUGCGGGCCAGCAUCCCCCCACCGCGACGAGUCCGGCGACUGCACAGGACGCGCGUCCGGCUGGCGCCACGGCGCUGGUCGACGAGCUCUUGCGCCCAGCAGUGGUGGUCGGACAGCAUGUCCAGCAGGCCGCGGCGGGCCAGCAUCCCCACACCGCGACGAGUCCUGCGACUGCACAUGACGCGCGACCGGGUGGUGUCACGGCGCUGGUCGACGAGCUCUUGCGCCCAGCAGCGGUGGUCGGACAGCAUGUCCAGCAGGCCGCGGCGGGCCAGCAUCCCCACACCGCGACGAGUCCUGCCACUGCACAUGACGCGCGACCGGGUGGUGUCACGGCGCUGGUCGACGAGCUCUUGCGCCCAGCAGCGGCGAGUGCCAGUAGCGGGAGACCGGGUGGCGUCACGGCACAGCUGGUCGACCAGUCUUUCCGCCCCGAUCUGCGAGCGACAACCGUCCUACCCAGCGGCGCGGUCAAGGCCACAUCGGUGAUCGUGUCGACGACGACAGCAGCGCCGACCAAAUCGGGUACUGCCCGGGCGACCUUGUCGCUGCCGAACCCGCCUCCGCCUACCACGGGCACUGCCGGUGCGGCCAGCUUACCCGUUCAUGGGGCCAUGGUCGCCGCGGAACCGAUCCCGAUCCCAACGGCUGUUGAGUCUCGGGCGGUCAAGGCUCUAAUCACUCAAAAGCCAUCGUUCGACGAGUAUCUGAAAUGGCUCGAGGAUCAGGGUCAGAAAACCCCGGUAAUUCCUCCGACUCACAGCAACCAGGCGGUCAACCAAGGAGCAGUGGCAGCGAACGUCGCGGCGGCGACUGCAGGGCCGAGUGGCUCAACGGUGGAGGCGGCUGUGUGGAGAGCGACGGAAGAGGCCGGCGGGGUGGACGAAGAAAUCCUCGCCAGCAUCGUGAUGCCGGACCCGGAAAUCGAGGUCAUGCGGGAAAAACUACACGCAGCAGCUCCCACUGUGGGAGCGCAACAGGGUACACCCGCCGCCUCGACUGCUCCUGCGGAGGACCAUCGCGCGGCUGGCGCCAAAUCCCCCCCGGCCACAACCUGUGAGGUCGGCAACGGGAAGCAGAAGCGCAAGGGCAAGGACAAGGCAAAGGGCGGCCCGGCGAAGGCCGGCUCUUCCAAGGGGACGUCCAAAGCGGCCGCGCAGGGUCGGAAGGGUUCAGGCGUCCGCGUUGACCCUUCAAAUGGGCUGGCCACGUCGGAGAUGAAGUUUGGGAAGAAGAGCCGUUACAUCUGCCGGUCGAUGGACAAGUCCGAGGCCGCCUACUGCAUCGCUGUCGCCGUUUCGUCGUUCGACGGCUUCGUCAGCGACGUGGUUCUCGACGAGUUCGGUGGGGUCAAGGAGGAAGUGAUGGCGCAGUAUAAGGCGGACUGGAAUGUGGCGCGAUUGAUUCCGGGGGGCAUGUGGAUGGUCAUGUGGAGCCGAGGGGCGAACGUCUUCCGCGACAGAGCCGACCGCGCAGCUCUCAUGUUGGCUCUUCGCCCGGCGGUGUGGUUCGGCGACCUUCCGGAGUCGACCGAGCCCGAGAAGGCCGCGAAGAACAAGGUGGCGAGCGACAUGGUCGCACGCGUUUCGAUGUGUGCCGCGUUCGCACCUGUGGCCGCGAAAGUGACGCCCAUUCCGGGCGUCGGGUCGGAGCGGUUGUCCGAGAUCCUCGCCGGUACUGCGGCUGCGGUGUGGUGUUUUUCGGAGACCAAUGCCACGGCGGAAGUAGCGGCUGGCGAAGGGGGGGCGGCAGCGACCGUGCGCGGAGCGUCCAACGAGUUCGCGAGACGGUGUCGGACCGUCAUCGAGGCGGUGCUUCAGCGGGCGGCCUCCCGGGUGGUCGGCGUAGGGGAGGUCGCCGAAACGGUGACGAAGGACCUGCAGGCGGCUGUGGUGAGGUCGUUGCCUGAGGUCGGAGAGGAGCGCGAGCACGACGAGCUGAUCGCCCGUGUCAUGAUCGAGAACCUCGCCUUCUGGGGGGACUGCAAUGUCGGAGGCCCAAAGCUCAAGGCUCGCGGCGUCGUUUUGCCUAUCGACCCCCAGAUGAAGAUUAUCAUUCGGGACAGGGGGGCGAGGGGGCAGCAGCACAAAGGGAAGCAGGUCGCCGACGCCUAG